CCCGCGAGGGCGAUGAGUAGUAGCCCGAGAGGCGCAUCCCCGACAGUCUCGGACCUAAGCAGCCCGGUGGACUUUGGGGCGACCUCCCGCGGGACUUGGCCCCCCGAAUGCAGACAUUCGGGACUGCCGGGGUGGCGGCAGUGGGGCGUAGAGUCGAGAGCCCGGCCGACCGACGCGCGACCCGUGCGCCUGCCACUGCAAGCUCUGCCUGCCGGCCGGGAGUCUCCAAGGCAAGGGACGCACUCGGCGGCCCCGGGCCACGUGCUCCCUGCGCGCGGUGCGUGCCGAGGCCCGCGCGCAAAGCCCGCCGGGCGGGGGAUGCGCGCCUGCGCGCCGCGACCUCCCUGCCCCCACUGCUCCCCGGGGCUUCGGCCGCCAGGGGGCGAGAGCGGGCGGAGCCGGGGUCCGCGGAGCGGAGCGGGGCGGGCCGGAGUGAGAGGGCCGACAGGUGGCCCGGAGCCGCUCGCCGGACAGCGGCCGAGGCGUUCCCGCAGGCCCGGACGCCGGACCUCUGUUGGUAUUGGCGGCCGUGUCGUGUGGAAAAAGUUACCGGGCGCCCGGAGCCGCGCUGCCUUUUGGAUCCCGGGCGGAGUCCCACCCUCGAGGACUUAAAGGAGAAGAAGGAAGUUGUGGAAGAGGCAGAAAAUGGAAGAGACGCCCCUGCUAACGGGAAUGCUGAGAAUGAGGAAAAUGGGGAGCAGGAGGCUGACAAUGAGGUAGAUGAAGAAGAGGAAGAAGGUGGGGAGGAAGAGGAGGAGGAAGAAGAAGGUGAUGGUGAGGAAGAGGAUGGAGAUGAAGAUGAGGAAGCUGAGUCAGCUACGGGCAAGCGGGCAGCUGAAGAUGAUGAGGAUGAUGAUGUCGAUACCAAGAAGCAGAAGACCGACGAGGAUGACUAGACAGCAAAAAAGGAAAAGUUAAACUAAAAAAAAAGGCCGCCGUGACCUAUUCACCCUCCACUUCCCGUCUCAGAAUCUAAACGUGGUCACCUUCGAGUAGAGAGGCCCGCCCGCCCACCGUGGGCAGUGCCACCCGCAGAUGACACGCGCUCUCCACCACCCAACCCAAACCAUGAGAAUUUGCAACAGGGGAGGAAAAAAGAACCAAAACUUCCAAGGCCCUGCUUUUUUUCUUAAAAGUACUUUAAAAAGGAAAUUUGUUUGUAUUUUUUAUUUACAUUUUAUAUUUUUGUACAUAUUGUUAGGGUCAGCCAUUUUUAAUGAUCUCGGAUGACCAAACCAGCCUUCGGAGCGUUCUCUGUCCUACUUCUGACUUUACUUGUGGUGUGACCAUGUUCAUUAUAAUCUCAAAGGAGAAAAAAAACCUUGUAAAAAAAGCAAAAAUGACAACAGAAAAACAAUCUUAUUCCGAGCAUUCCAGUAACUUUUUUGUGUAUGUACUUAGCUGUACUAUAAGUAGUUGGUUUGUAUGAGAUGGUUAAAAAGGCCAAAGAUAAAAGGUUUCUUUUUUUUCCUUUUUUGUCUAUGAAGUUGCUGUUUAUUUUUUUUGGCCUGUUUGAUGUAUGUGUGAAACAAUGUUGUCCAACAAUAAACAGGAAUUUUAUUUUGCUGAGUUGUUCUAACAAA